CGGAGAGUCCUGUCGAAGUGAACAUUUCAUGCUUGCUCCUAUAAAUAUUUUUAAAAAAUCAAUAAAGGUGCUGUUUCCAACUCGGUCGGGAGUAUUCUUGGCCCAAUCGGCCUGCGAUGGAUCACGCCUCGCGAUCCCCACUUGCAGCGGGUCGCCACCUCCCACCAACCCCUUGGUCCGUUUCACGUUGGCAACAUUGAAGGUAAAAUUUGUUUUUCAGCUGCUCACAGCCCCAACAAAAAUUACGGGAAAAAGUUGGCAACAGGCUGGCCGGAAUUGGACGCCGACGCCAGACAAUACGGAAUAUUUGACCUACCGUUUCUACAAAGGACAAGGACGAAUCGGCCCAUUCGACAAGCCCAGUGCGUUGGAAAAUUUGCCCCUUUCUUUCAUAUCUUAAUUGCUAGAACGUGUAGCGCUAUAAGCACAGGCGCAAAGUAUAUUGAAAACAAGGAGAAUAGUAGUAACGCGGAGCUUUUUGAACGUGCAUGGAGGAAAGCUGUUUGUUCAAGGAGGCAAUGACGGACGCGAGUCGCUUUUACGAAGUUUUCAAUGGAUUCUCCAUUUUCAUGGAUUGGGGGUGGGAUUAGUGCGCUUUGUCACCGGGGGAAAAGGGUCAGGUAGAGGAAGCCGACCCUUUUUCAAAGGGGCACGGUUUUUAGUGAAAAGUUUCCCGAAAGUGUCAGUGUUUUAUAAUUGCACUUUUCACCGGUGACAUGUCCAGUGUCGGGCCAGUGUUUUCUCUGGAUGUAAGUUUCAAAAGGCCUCCCGAAGCGCCGGUGUUCGAUCCGACAGAGGAGGAGUUCAGGGAUCCUUUGUCGUACAUAAACAAAAUAAGGCCGAUCGCCGAGAAGACUGGGAUCUGCAGGAUAAGACCGCCGGUGGAUUGGCAGCCUCCUUUCGCCGCGGACGUGACCAAUUUUAGAUUCACCCCUCGACUCCAGAGGCUGAACGAGCUCGAAGCUCUGACCAGGGUGAAGCUCAACUUCCUCGACCAGAUAGCUUCGUUUUGGGAGUUGCAAGGCACCAGGAUGAAGAUACCCACCUACGACGGCAAGACACUGGAUCUGUACUCCUUGCACCGAGUCGUCCAGAGUGAAGGUGGUUUCCAUGUAGUGUCCUCCGAGAAGAAAUGGGGAAAAAUCGCAAGGCGGAUGAAGAUGUCCAACGACCGGGCCAUGUCGUCAAUCUUGAAGUACAACUACGAGAAGGUCCUCAAGCCCUUCGACAUCUUCAAGGAAAACUGUUUGAACAAAAAGUCAAGAAGGAUAAAAGAGGAGGCACCUGAAAUAAAAAUGGAAGUGGAUGGAAAGUUCGUUAAAGGAUACCAAUGUCUCAGUUGUAUGGGAAGAGAGUCAUCAAAAGAAAAGCUUCUAUUUUGCACAAAUUGUAAGGAGAGUUACCAUAAAUUAUGCCUCUUACAGCCUUUGCCGACCAAUCCUAAAUGCGCCUGGAGAUGCCCAAAAUGCAUUGCUGAGGAAGUCGCCAAAAGGGAGGAUGCUUUCGGCUUUGAGGAAGCAGAUCGUGAAUAUACAUUAGUCGAAUUUGGUGAGAUGGCAGAUGCGUUUAAAACCAAUUAUUUUAAACGACCCGCUCAUACAGUUCCCUUGUCUAUAGUUGAAAAAGAAUUUUGGAAGAUUGUAUCAUCGAUCGAUGAGACUGUGACAGUUGAAUAUGGCUCUGAUCUUCACUCCAUCGACCGAGGUUCAGGAUUUCCUACAAAAGACACCAUAAACCCAAUAACAGAUAAUCCUGAUAUCAUGAAGUAUGUAAAUUCACCCUGGAAUCUCAACAAUUUCCCAGUACUGGAUGGUUCUGUGUUUGGCCAUAUCCCGGGGAAAAUAUCCGGUGUAAAAACACCUUGGAUGUACGUCGGUAUGUGCUUUGCCACCUUUUGCUGGCAUAUCGAAGAUCAUUGGAGCUAUUCGAUUAAUUAUCUGCACUGGGGCGAACCCAAAACUUGGUAUGGCGUGCCGGGGAAUUUUGCUCCGGAGUUUGAAAUAACGAUGAAGAAAGUAGCACCGGAAUUGUUUGAAAUUCAGCCUGAUUUACUCCACCAACUCACGACGAUGUUAAACCCCACUGCUCUUAUAAACGAUGGAAUACCGGUUUACAGGACUGACCAGUCGGCGGGAGAGUUUGUGAUUACUUUUCCAAGGGCAUACCAUUCCGGAUUCAAUCAAGGAUAUAACUGCGCUGAAGCAGUGAAUUUUGGCCCUGCAGAUUGGUUGAUGAUGGGUCGUGAAUGUGUCACUCAUUACUCGAUAAUUCACCGCCACUGUGUUUUCUCCCAUGACGAGCUCAUUUGUAAGAUAGCACUCGACGCAGAAAAUAUCGACCCUAGAAUAGCUGCAGCGACCUUUUAUGACAUGCUACAAAUGGUUGUGUUCGAGAAGAAAAUGAGGAAACACAUUUUCGAUUGGGGUGUGAGAGAGUCGAGGCGAGACAUAUUUGAAAAAUACACCGAUGAAGAAAGACAGUGUGAUUUUUGUAAGACACUCUGCUUUGUUUCUGGGGUAACUUGUGAUUGUAAACCCUUCAAAUUGGUCUGCCUGCAACAUCACGAUCAACUAUGCACCGAGUGUCCACCAAACAAGCACAGGCUAAAAUAUAGAUUCAACUUAAGCGAGUUAUCAGUCCUACUGCAUAAGUUGAAGUUAAAAGCGGAAACUUUUGACGCUUGGAUGUAUUCUGUAAAUAGUUUUUUGGAAGAUGACAAUUGUCAACUCUCUGAUUUGUCCAAAUUAAAAGAAUUGAUUGUUGAAGCCAAAGAAAAAAAAUUCCCCGAUUCAAUUAUAAAUCCUGUUUUAAACAGCAUCAGAGAAGCUGAAAAACGCAUAACCAUGUCAUUUGCAAAAGAAUCUUUAGAAACAAUAAUUCUUGACUAAUUUUGGAUUUAGCCAAUUUAUUGAGAAGGUGAGCUGUUGUAUAUUUUUUUUCUUGGUUUUUUUAAAGACUGAUAAAUAUGUAGUGUAUAAUAAUAUUAAUCAAUGUUGUGUAAAUAGAAUGUAAAAAUUUAUCUAUUCCUUUUUUUUGUGACAUAUUUUUUUAAGCAUGCUCUUAUUUAUGUACAUCAGUAUUAUCAAAGCUUUUCAUAUGUACAGGGCAAAAUUAUAUAUUUUCUAGAUCUUUGCUUUGUCAAGAACUAUUUUGUCAUAUAUUCUCAUUGGAAUCAAGCUAUUUAACAGUACAAAAAAUUGUAAAAAAAGUUACAUAUAUGUAAAAAAAAUUGAAAUUGGAGAAUGUUACCAUGUAAGGAACGUAUAGAUUACUUUUCUAGUUUCAACUUUAUUGCACAUAGAUAUAUUAUUAAACUUUCUGCUUUGACUUAAGAUUUAUAAUAGAAUAAGAGAUAAUUUGUUUUAGUUGAAACUUCUGUGAUCUAAUUGAGUUACUUUUAUUUAUAUAUUUUAUACAUAUAUUUAUGUUCCUUCAUUGCUAAUUUGUGUACCAGUGUACACAGUUUAUCUAAUCGUAUUGAAUUUAACUUUCACUCAAUUUUAUGUGAAAUAUUAAGAUUGAAGUAAACUUUUUAAAAUUAU